AUGUCAGCAGCCCCUGUUCAGAGGCUUUUCUUCGGCAGCAGUCAGGAGAGGAAACUCUUCCCCCUCCAUUAUCCACCGGACCGGCUGGGAAACCAACUGCGCCGAGAGGAAGCGCCGCACCUCGGCCCCGGCUGCUAUGACAACCACAAGCUUGGGACCAUAGUUUAUGGCUUAGAAACGACCCCGCGGAGUAAGAGAGGAUACGGCCUGUCUGCCAGGACUGCAGCACGAUUUCCAGCCUGCAGCAAGAUGGAGACCCCUUCCCCACAGCAGUACCAUCAGGAUCAAAGCUUGUCCAGAGUCCCCCCUCCUGCUAAAGCACCUUUCAACUCAACCACACUGAGGUUCAGGAGGCCACCAUGUACAUCUGAGGACAGCCCGGGCCCUGGGACCUACGCUCAUGAUGCCGCGACAAACAGGAAAGUAAGCUGGCCCAUGUGCUUUGGGAGACCGGACUGGUCCAGGCUGCCUCAGGUGGAGAAGAAGGCACUCAGGGGGAAGCUUGACAGUGAAAAGGAGUUUCUGAAGCACAGGAGCCGAGUGGCCUACAUAAGUCUGUACUAUUAACUCUAGAGCUGAUGGAUGAAAAUCCAUCUGAGAUAUGAUGGUGCCUUUGUCAGGUUGUUUUCCUGACCUUUUUCUGUCAACAAAACCGGCCAAAACUAUAAAAAUUACUGUCUGAAACUGUUGUCAAAAGUUAGAUAUCUCAGAAUUACAAAAAGAAACGUAUAUUUCUUUAUUCACAAAAUGACUGGAUUCCUGUAUGUUAUUCUAUGAUGUUGUUUACAAAGUGAAACACUUUUUAAAGAAAGUGAGUGCUUGCUGAAAAAAAUGACAGAACAAAACAAAGUUCUCUUCAAUUGAAGUCAGUCAGGGUACAAAAAGCCAGCAGCAGCACUGGUCCCACGUUAGGGCCGCUGUAGCCGCUGGUCCCGGCCCACACCGCAGGCUUCAACACCGGGCCGCUCCUCUGUGUGGAGGGAAGCACUGCUGAAAGCACCAACCGCUGUGGCAAACGUGAGUCUGUUGGGCUCGGUGGCUCAUUUCUUCCUCCUCACUUUGGGUUUCUUGACCGGCCGGAGGUACGGGUUGUCGAUCAUGUUGUCCUCGUUGGCCUUGGCGGAGGGAACGACGCCGCUGGGAGGAAGCAUGGAGUUCUCCUUGUCAUUUCCUGGAUCAUCCUGAAUGAGGGAGAAAAAAGGUGGAGGUGAACAAUCAUUGCAGUGCACUUGAUUGCAACUUAGAUGAGAAGAUGACAUCACUCAAUUAUCUGUAAUGUAAGCCAGCGCUCCUGACCAAGAAACAGUGACAGCUUGUAACUCGCGAAACGACGUGUUGUUUUUUACAUUUCUGUUUCUGUGCAGAUUAAACAAACGAGGCAGAGUGUCUAUUUAUCUACAGUGAGGAGGCCACAGGGGAUGAGUGGUUCAAACACAGAAACUUCACCCAGGAGACCAGUUUGAGUCCUGUGUGGAACCCAAAAACCUUUUUUAGUUUAGACUUUAAUGACUGAUUAUUUUCAGUUUGGUUACAUCCAGGCACCAAAACUGCUUGGUUCGGUUUAGGAAAAGGAUCACACAGUAAAUUACUUUGAACAAAGCCAGGCUAACUGUUUCCAGUCUCCAUGCUAAGAUGAGCUAUCUGUCUCCUAUCUUUAACACCAUACUUAACAAAUAACUGAGUGGUAUCAAUCUUCUCAUCAUCAACAACAUAUUUCCCAAAAUAUCAAACUAUUGCUGUCAAUUCAAAUUCAACAUACUCUCAUUAAAGGAUAACUUUCGUUU